AUGUCAACGUAUCGAAAAACAUAUAAGAAUCAACUGAAACGAUUCAAUAAUGGUAACAAUAGUAAUAGCACAUCUACUGAAUUGACAAAUUUGGUCGAAAUGUUCCCAGACUGGGAAGCAGACGAAUUACAAGGUUUGUUGUCGGAGAAUGAUAACUCUUUAGAAAUUGUGAUUGACUUGAUAGUUAAUAACAAGGUAUCCAAAUGGGAACCAAUUAAGAAGGAAAAACAUAAGAAGAAAGAACAUAAGGACGACACAACUGAUUCAGUGACUGGCAACGCCAAUGGUGCAUCAAAUUCUACUAUAGCCACAGGAGAUAGAAGGCUCAACAAUAAAGCUAAAACUUCGUCGUCCUCGAGACCUCCUAAGAGACAACAUCCUAAUGCAGCUCAUAAGAAGAAUGAAAAGACAGAAAGACAAAAGGUUUCCUCCGCCUCUGCUACAAGUGCAACUAGUUCGGUAACCAAGGAAUCGGCCCCACCUUCAAAUUCAUGGGCAGCAGCUUUAUCUAAUGAUAAACCAAAGAGACAAGAAACAAAAUCCGAAGUAUCUGAAAGCAUACCAAGCAGCAAAGAUGGUGUUGUGCCAGAAGCAGAUGAACCUUCUGGUGAACCUUCUGGUGAACCUUCUGGUGAAUUAGAAACAUCACAACAAGAAUCGGAAAAUGUUGUUCAGGAACGAGUCGAGUCUGUCCCAGAACAAUCAGAAAUAGAACACACAAAACCAGUUUUGAAACAGGCAGCAAUUCCCGAACCAAAACAAGGAUCUUGGGCGUCAGCCAUUGCACCAAAAACUAAGCCAAAGCCUAAAGCUGUUAGUAAGCCUGUGCCACAACAACCAGAGGAAUCCAAACCGGAAGAACAUGUUCCAGUCCAAGAAGAAUCUAAGCCAGUUGAAGAUGUUUUAGAGGAAACUGCAGUUGAAGCUGUUCAAACUAUUCAACCAACAACUGAUGAACCAGUGGAAGCACCAACUACCUCUACUGUUGCUGCUGUUGCCGAUGUUUCAUUUUCUGAACCUACUGCUUCUUCAAUUAUAGAUCAACAACCACAAGUUGUAUUGCCAACUACACAACAACAAGUUGAUUCUGUGGGUAUUUCAUUCGGAUCAUUGUCAGUUGAUGCAGGUGAACCAAAAGAAGCAACAGAAGUCACACGAGAUGAGGUUAUUCCUGACCAAGUUCAACCAGAACAACAACAGCAACAACAACAACAACAACAACAGCCAUUGCAAGAACAACAACGUUAUGGAUUAUACAAUCAACAACCAGCACAACAAAGAUACCAACAAAAUAAUUAUCAACAACAGAGUCAAUACUCUAAGCAACAACAACAACAGCCACAAGCAAGUCAGCCAACACAACAACAGCAACAGCAACAAUACGACUACUAUGGUCAAUAUCAACAACAACAAUAUCCUCAACAAACAGCUCAACCAGGUGCUCAAUUUGCUGGUUAUCCAGGAUUCGAUUACAAUGCGUACAACCAACAAGCCUUUGCUGCUGCUGCUACUGCCUCUCCAGCUGCUAGUCAUGUUGCUACAAUUGGUGGUGGUGUAGGAGGUUACAAUCAAUAUGCUCAACAAGGCAAUUCUGCUGAUUCUACUCAAAGUCCAAUUGUCAAUCAAUCUACAUUACAACAACAACAAGCUGCUGUAUUGGCUGCUCAACAACAGCAACAACAAUUGCCUACUCCAUUUGGUUAUCCUGCAUACUACAAUUAUUAUUACAACAAUCCAUAUUUUAAUGCUGGUGGUUUAGGCUCAACUGGAUUUAGUGCUCCUCAACAAGGAACUCAACAAGGAGCUCAACAACAACAACAGCAACAACAGCCAUCUCAACAAGGUGGACAACAACCAGUUUCUUCUGCCAGCCAACAAGGAUCUGUUUCAAGUAAUAGUUUUGGUGCUCAACAACAAUACUACAAUCCUAAUCAAUUUAAUAGCAGAUAUCCUGGUUAUUCUUAUCCUCCUCAACAACAAGGUCAACAAGCAUCUCAACAUACUUCGGGUCAAUCACAACAAGGAACUCAAACUGCAUCUGAUGGUGCUUCUGAUGGUCAACAAACCUCACAACAACAAGGACAAUCAUCUCAACAACAUCAACUGCAACAACAACAGCAUGCACAACCUGUUCCUCAACAGCAUAUGAUGCCACAAUACGGAGCUUAUCAACAAUACCCUCAAUAUGGGUACCAAGAUUCCAAUCAGUACCGUGGUGGCUGGUACUAA